AUGGCUGUUGAAGAGGAUCACGGUUCGAUCAUAUCAGCCGAGGGUCAGCCUCAAUACCCGCCUCCGGUGUCCGUGGAGAAACGAAAAUCAGACCCCUCUUGGGACGAUGUACCACAGACCGCAAGAACCUCGGGGUUCUCGUGGUUCAGACUAAGUGCAAAUGGGCCUCCAGGGCCCGUCGACGAGCUGAGCCUUUACAUGGGCGCUGCAUUCAGCAGCAUACCCGACGAUGACGAAUCACAACGAUCGCCGUAUUUUUCGACAUGGGCGAGCGAUGCCUCUAGCGUGACGGGGGGAGAGAAGAGAAACUCGGCGUCACAAAAGUUCGUAGUGGACUGGAACAAGCCGUACGAUCCGGAGAAUCCGAUGAACUGGGCUAUGGCGUCAAGGUGGAUUCAGAUUGUGCUUGUGAGUAUCUUGACGCUACAAGCAGCGAUCGCGUCGUCGAUGCCCGCCCCUGCCGUCCGAGAGAUUUUGAAGGACUUCAAUGCGCCUGACGGUGUGCUAUCCUCACUCGUUGUAUCAAUCUUCAAUCUGGGCUUCGUGUUCGGUCCCGUACUAGCUGCGCCCAUGUCGGAGCUCUACGGACGAUAUCCAGCGUACAGCAUCUCGAACGUGCUCUUUCUCGCCUGCAAUGCCGCUUGUGCCGUCUCGCCAAAUCUCGGGGUUCUGCUGGUAUUCCGCUUCUUGAGCGGAUGCGCCGGUGCAGCCCCACUGUCCAUCGGGGGUGGCACGAUCGCGGACGUCGCACCUCCAGCGCUGAGGGGUAGAGCGGUGUCGGUAUACUCUCUCGCGCCGCUCCUCGGACCAGUCCUGGGGCCUGCGGCGGGCGGCUUCUUGGCGGAGUAUGCUGGCUGGAGAUGGAUAUUUUGGGCGAUGUGCAUCAUGGCGGGUGCUCUUGGACUCGCAAUGCUCCUGAUUCUGAGGGAAACCUCUGCAAAAGCUCUGCUCGAGAAACGAGCGCAAAAGACGAGAAAGCGUACGGGAAAUCCCAGAUACACUUCGGUUCUAGACGACGGCGUCUCGCCCCAAGAGGCCUUCUCUCGGGCCAUCAAACGACCGCUGAGGCUCUUGAUACUUCAUCCCAUUGUGUUUACUUUAUCUGCAUACUUUGCAGUCAUCUACGGAUAUUUGUACCUAUUUUUCACGACGGUAGCAAUGGUCUUCACUGAGAAGUACGGCUUCUCCGCAGGCUCUUCCGGCCUUACCUUCAUAGGUGUCGGUAUCGGUACAGUGACCGGCACCCUUAUUGUCUCUUUCUGGGGAGAUAAAGUAGCUACAUCACUAUCUCAGAAGCAUGGCGCCCGGAGACCGGAGUUUCGCCUUCCUUUGAUGGCGUAUUCUGUGCCGGUGAUACCAGGAGGGCUUCUAAUGUACGGUUGGACGGCAGAAAAGGGGGUGUUUUGGCUGGUGCCGAUGAUUGGAACUUUCAUUGUUGGGGUCGGGAUCUUGUUUGUGUUUGGCCCGCUGGCCUCGUAUCUUGUCGAUGCAUUCACUAUGCACGCUGCGUCAGCUCUCGCCGCUUCGACAAUUUUUAGGAGUAUUUUUGGGGCAUUCCUUCCUCUCGCAGGACCUCCGUUAUACGACGCUUUGGGUUUGGGGUGGGGGAAUACGAUUCUUGCUGCCUUUGCUUUGCUUAUGGCGCCGAUACCCUGGGUGAUUAUGAAAAAGGGGGAGCUCAUCAGGGGCAAAUAUGCCCACCGUGUUUACUAG